AAUAUGGGGAAUUGAUGAGCAUCAGAAAACCCAGAACAGAUUUUUGAAACAAGUUUUCAAGAAAACACUGACUGAAGAAGUCAAUGAAUGUCACAAUAAAUUCACAAAUGCAUUUCCUCUGAAUUCAGACUUUAUUUCUUCCAGACAUAACUUCUAUGAAUAUGACUUGUUUGAAAACUGUUUAGAACAUAAUUGUAACUGUCAUAAUAAUGUGAAAUGCCUUAUAAGAAAGGAACACUUUGACUAUAAUGGAACUGUGAGAUCAUAUGGCAAUAACUCAUCCCCUCUUGUAGUAACACCCUUUAAAUGUAAUCAGUGUGGAAGAGGUUUUAGUCAAACAUUGGACCUCAUUAGACACCUAAGAAUUCAUUCUGGAGAGAAACCUUAUGAAUGUAACAAAUGUAGAAAAGCCUUCAGCCACAAAGAAAAGCUCAUUAAACAUCAUAAAAUACAUAGUAGAGAACAGUCUUAUGAUUGUAAUGAUUGUGGAAAGACUUUUAUUAAAAUGUCAAAUCUUAUUAGACAUCAAAGAAUUCAUACGGGAGAGAAACCCUAUGCAUGUAAUGAAUGUGGGAAAUCCUUCAGCCAGAAGUCAAAUCUCAUUGAUCAUGAAAAAAUUCAUACUGGAGAGAAACCUUAUGAAUGUAAUGAGUGUGGAAAAGCCUUCAGCCAGAAACAAAGCCUCAUUGCACAUCAGAAAGUUCACACUGGAGAGAAACCUUAUGCUUGUAAUGAAUGUGGUAAAGCCUUCCCUCGAAUUGCGUCCCUUGCUCUUCAUAUGAGAAGUCACACAGGAGAAAAACCUUACAAAUGUGACAAAUGUGGAAAAGCCUUCUCUCAGUUUUCCAUGCUUAUUAUACAUGUGAGAAUACAUACAGGUGAGAAACCCUAUGAAUGCAGUGAGUGUGGAAAAUCUUUCUCUCAAAGCUCAGCCCUCACUGUACAUAUGAGAAGUCACACUGGUGAGAAGCCCUAUGAAUGUGAGGAAUGUAGGAAAGCCUUCAGCCACAAGAAAAACUUUAUUACACACCAGAAAAUUCAUACUAAAGAGAAACCUUAUGAAUGUAAUGAAUGUGGGAAAGCUUUUAUUCAGAUGUCAAAUCUUGUUAGACAUCAGAGAAUUCAUACUGGAGAAAAACCUUACAUAUGUAAGGAAUGUGGCAAAGCUUUUAGCCAGAAAUCAAAUCUCAUUGCUCAUGAAAAAAUUCAUUCUGGAGAGAAACCCUAUGAAUGUAACGAAUGUGGUAAAGCCUUCAGCCAAAAACAGAAUUUUAUCACUCAUCAGAAAGUUCAUACUGGAGAGAAACCUUAUGACUGUAAUAAAUGUGGUAAAGCCUUUUCUCAAAUUGCAUCCCUUACACUUCAUUUGAGAAGUCACACAGGAGAAAAGCCUUAUGAAUGUGAUAAGUGUGGGAAAGCCUUUUCUCAGUGUUCAUUGCUUAAUUUACAUAUGAGAAGUCAUACUGGUGAGAAACCCUAUGUAUGUAAUGAAUGUGGAAAAGCCUUCUCACAGAGAACGUCCCUUAUAGUUCACAUGAGAGGUCAUACAGGUGAGAAACCCUAUGAAUGUAAUAAAUGUGGAAAAGCCUUCUCCCAGAGUUCCUCCCUCACUAUUCAUAUACGGGGUCAUACAGGUGAGAAACCCUUUGACUGCAGUAAAUGUGGAAAAGCCUUUUCUCAGAUCUCAUCACUUACUCUUCAUAUGAGGAAACAUACAGGUGAAAAACCCUAUAACUGCAUUGAGUGUGGCAAAGCUUUCAGUCAAAAGUCACACCUUGUUAGACAUCAGAGAAUACAUACUCAUCAGAAACAGUGUACAUAGUGUGAGUAUGGGAAAGCCCUCAGAAGGAAUUAAUACCUUGUUACAUUGCAUAUUUGGUUCCAAAGCAGAAACCCAUGAAUAUGGGAAAGCCUUUUGAAGAUUUUGACAACUUAUAGAACAUUAGAAAAUCAUUGCCUAAGUAAACAGUUUUAUGCAAAAGCUGUUAAAAAAAAUCUUUAGCAGACACCUUCCUUGUUAAUGGUAUUAAUAUUCUCAUUCAAAUCUGGAAGAAGAUACCUGCUGUUGACAUAUCAACAUACUAAAGCUCUCAGCUAAUAUAUUAAACAAGAAAAAGAAGAUUGGGGAAAGAACUAUAAAAUAGCCUUUUAUGUAAAACAUAGGUAAUUAGAAAUGUGGUGAAAGAAAAUAUCUUCUUUUUUUAUUUCCAGUACUGGGGAUCAAACUCAGG